AUGACUAAGUUUGUGAUUCUCCUCAGCGUGUGUUAUAUAAUUUUCCAUUUUUGUGGGGCAUUCAAGAUACCGCAUUGUUGCGAAAGGUUGGUAGUGCGCAGUGGGGAGGCAGGAGAGCCCGUUCGCGCCCCGCAGCGACACUGCAUCCACCCCAGAAAAGGCAUAGGGACAGAAAGGAGAGGAAGCAAUGUACCUCGCUGCUACCACAAUACGGUUCGAAGUCAUGGGGUGAAUAAGCAUACUAAGCUGUUUUACAGGAGCAAAAAGGAAAGGGACAUCCAGGAGUCAGGGUACAUGUUUCCCUUCGAUCACUUAGAGAAAAAAAAAACGAAAUUUCCUCCGGACCCCUACCAGCCAAGUGAAGAAGAGAGGGAACAGAACGUGGCAGAUGUGUUCGAAGAGCAGAUGAACGAUGAUGAGCUCCUCAGCUUUGACGACGACGAUGAUGCGAAAAGACACUUUGGAGAGACAACCUUCAACGCACCCAUCAGUGGGCACAGCGCGGACGGGGAACAACAUGACGACGAUGAGGAUGGUAAGAAGGACAACACGAAUGACGGGGAUGUGGAUGGGGCGGACGAGCUGAUCCCGCCCGAACUCGUGGCGGAGGCUGCAAAGGGGAAUACCGCUCCAGAAGAACCGCAACCCGAACGAGAGGUGGUAAAGAUCAACGUGUAUUCCGCAGAAGAGAAGAGAAUUGAGGCCGAAAUGAUGAAAGACCAGCUCUAUUACCUGUUUCACUCCUCCAUGGACAGCACCUUCAUCGAGUUCUUUCGACUGCAAAUCGAUUCGUCCAUCCGUCCAGACGAGAGGAACAUUUCAGUAGCGUACACUUGUGGGGAAAGCAAUUACCAGGCACCAAUAUCUUGCGUGGAAGAUCUAAUAAACUUUUCCCACCAUUUGCAAAACUUGUUGACCAGUAGAAUAGAAGAUGCUCGUAGGGACAAAAUUAAUGAAGAGAUGACCUACUUGAGUAAAAGCAUGCGGAAAGAACUCGAGAGGGGAAAAAAACAAAGGAACAUCACACACACUUCAAAAAGGAAUUUGCAGCUGAGCAUCGAGUCGUCGCUAAAGUUGAUUGAAAAAUGCAAAGAAAAAUUGUACAGGCAAAACUAUGAGCGUACUUUACACGAUUUGAAAUUAGCAUACAGUAUGUUGCCGUGUAAAUAUUAUGGAUUUUUUCUUUCUAGCAUUUGUGCAAAUAUAUCGAUGCUGUCCUACUACACAAAUGACAUGCAAGGAGCUCUUAACUUUUCUCUAAAGGCAAUAAAGUACGAACCUAAGGAUGCAUUGGCGUGGAAAUGUCUCGGAGAUGCAUACAGAAGCUUCCGCAAAUUUUGGCAGGCUCAAAAUUUUUACGACAUAGCGAUAUACUUGGGCUAUAAAGACGACAAGGGAGAGAACUUCAAAGAAAUUGUAGCCGAGUUAAACAAAUUGACCGUGGCUGCUUUGAAAAAGGCAGAUACGUUAAAAGAAAAUAUGAACAACUGUACCAACGUGGUCGUGAAAAAAAACAUCGGAAUUGUGUUGAAUAAGAAUCCGGAUUCGAUUGGGGGCUGUUACGUGUCCUACAUCAUUGAGGGGGGAAAAGCGAGCAAAAAAAAUUUCCACCAUGGAGACCAAAUUGUUGCACUGAACAAUAUCGUUACGUAUGGAAAGCCAAUUGACUUUUGCUUAAAAGCUUUCCAAAAGAAUGAAGGCUCCUACGACAUUGUUUUUUUCAGGGGAAAUAUUAUCGAGCUGUACGGCCUGCGCGCCUACAAAUAUUUGAUCGAACAUGGUUUGUUUCACACCCUCUUCGAGAAUGAGAAAAUUGCGUCCUUCAAGCGAAACGAGACCAUUUUGUUUGACUUGCGUGGGUUUGGCACCUUUUCCGAGUACGGCGUAUCGCAGGGGGUAUCGUAA